AUGUCCCUGCCUCGACAAGUGCCUCCACAAUCAUCAUCGCCGACCAAGUCCUCCCUACGGCGACCUGGCAGUAUCGGCGGUCCUCCUCAGCCGCAGCCUCCAGUCCGUACCCUUCUCCCAUCUCCACAUUUUGAAGACGAUCCCAUCCUUGCUUCACAUCAGAGUCCACGCCCGAGUGCUUCCUUUACAGAAGACGUUGGAAUAGCAUACUCGGGACACGCUCUCGGGGAUGACCCUGAAGAGUCAUUGAUCCAAUAUGCGGACGAGGCUACACAUGGCGAUCGUGUGCCCGUUCUGCCUGCAACUUUCCAGCCUUUCUUCACCUUGAUCGAGGAUAGUGUGAGCAGCGAGCAUUACCACCCAACGGUAUACUACGUCUUCGAGGACGAUGACUCGGAUAUCAUUGCUGAAGCGGCCUGUCGCAGCCUAGAAGUCCUUGAUCCUUCUCAGCAAUCCGAGCCGUCCCAGACACACCAGGAGGAGCACGAGCCGCAAUCACGACUCCCGCCCCCUACUCCCGGUAUCCAUGAACACUAUCUAAUACUUGAUAUCCAUCCUCGCGUGACUCCCCAACAGAGCGCUUCGCAACAGGCACAAGUCUCUAUACCAAGCUCGUCUCCUAGAGCACCUACCUCGCUCAUCCCUUUCCAUGUAACGUCGGCACACAGCCUGAGCGCCGAAUGGCAAGUCCUCAAGUCCAAAGUAACUGCUGCCCCAACAAUCGGUGAUGGAGAUGGUGACGAGGAUGAGGGUUUGAUGCUUAGAAUCGAAGGCCGUGGCAGCACCCCACCCGGGACUGUACUGGGCGAGAAAGAAAAGGAGAAACUAACUAGCAAGGAGACUAUGGAGGACAUGAUUGAGAGAUUUCAACGACGCAUGGAUGAGAUUCGACAGGUUUUGGAGACCGGCGUCGCAGAGGAAUAG